AGGAAGCGGAAAUAAGCGUCGAAAACCUUCUGCUACCAGCUAGCUUCGGGCUCACAGGACAGGGCUGUUAGCGACGUUGUACAUACUGUGGGGGUAUCUCUUUAGAGGAAGCUGGGGAGCGUCAGACACAGCGGGGGGUUUUUUGUGUUGCUUUUUACUUGGACAGCUUCGAAACGGAAUAGUACAAGUGGUGCUGUCCUGUGACCUUUAUGUAAGGUCAAAGCCCUACAGGAACGGGUCAUCGACGGGAGGAGAGACUCGGAGAAAAGCUGACGACCACGGAGGCCGGGAUAGCGUGUCGGUUUCGAAACAGAAGAGUAACCACAGCCGAGUUGUUUUGCUGCGAGUCACCAAGACCAUGGAGGCCAUCGCCAAAUACGACUUUAAAGCUACUGCCGACGACGAGCUUAGUUUCAAACGCGGAGAGGUCCUCAAGGUGUUAAAUGAAGAGUGCGAUCAGAACUGGUAUAAAGCAGAACUAAAUGGGAAAGAUGGAUUCAUUCCCAAGAAUUACAUAGAGAUGAAAGCCCAUCCGUGGUUCUUCGGGAAGAUUCCCCGCGCCAAAGCAGAGGAGAUGCUAAACAAACAGAGGCACGACGGGGCUUUUCUCAUCCGAGAGAGCGAGAGUGCGCCAGGAGACUUCUCCCUGUCGGUGAAGUUUGGUAAUGAUGUCCAGCAUUUCAAGGUCCUUCGUGACGGGGCUGGGAAGUAUUUCCUCUGGGUGGUGAAGUUCAACUCGCUCAACGAGCUGGUGGAUUACCACCGCACGACUUCAGUCUCCCGCAAUCAGCAAAUCUUCCUGCGAGACAUAGAGCAGAUCACCCAGCACCCGACGUACGUGCAAGCGCUCUUCGACUUCGACCCGCAGGAGGAAGGCGAGCUGGGUUUCAGACGCGGCGACUUCAUCCAAGUCCUGGACAACUCCGACCCCAACUGGUGGAAAGGAGGCUGCCACGGCCAGACGGGCAUGUUCCCCCGCAACUACGUCACGCCUGUUAAUCGGAACAUGUAAAAAAAAAAAAAAGGAAAAAAUUCUAAAAGAAAUUUUAGAAGUUUUCAGACCAACACAACAGCAACCAUCACCACCAUCAUUAUCAUCAUUGCUCUUGACCUCAUCCUCCCUGCCAUCCAACCUGCAACCAACCCCACCCCCUGCGUUUUCCCCCUCCCCCUGCCCCGGCCAUCCCAUGGUGACCAUAAAAAAAAAAGAACACAAAGAAGGCAAAAAACUGAAAAAAGAGAGAGAGAAAACAGGAGUAGAGCUGCCGUAGGCGUCGCUUCGUGGGCGGCAGCAGAGCGGAAUCGACCUCUCUCCGCGCGGAGAAAGGUUCGCCUCCCUGCUGAACGCCUCGGCGAGGACCGAACUGUCUGAGGGAAAUCAAAACGCAGGAGGGAGGGGGAAGAGAGAAAACAAAAACUAAACUAAAGCCUAGUGCACCAACCGUGAGGAUAACCAAAUGAUUGAACCGCUCCCACAGCUGCUUCUGUCUUCUCAACUUCUUAACAUUCUGCCUGUUUCUGUUCCUUUUCUUUUCUCCUCACUUCUUUGCCGCAUGUUGUUUUUUUUUUUGUUUUGUUUUUUUAAAGAUCACGUCAAGGAAUUGUCUACCAAUUAAACAUCGUAAGUCGUUUUAAAGAAAAAUGGAGAAAAGGCUAAAAAAAAAAAAAACGUUUUAAAUAAUGUACAAAAAGAAAACAGAGAAGCGAAGCCAUCUACGACAUCGCAGCUAGUUUCCACGUUCUAGACCGUCGGCAUGUGAGCGUUGUGCGUCUGUUGUCGACUUUAUAAAUGAAUCACGUAUAGAGAGAGAAUCCAUUUUUUUAAGAAUAUAUAUUAUAUAUUUGUAUGUUUGUCUGUUUUACCUCUCCACAAUUAUUUUUUUUUUCCCCCCCAUUUGUAAAUUAUGUUCAACCUUCUUGUUAGCUUAGAUAAGACCUAGUAGCUCUAGAAUGUGAUAACUGUCGACAUUGAUUUUCUUUUUCUUUAACUUAUCCGAGGUUACGCGACGCUUUUUUUUCUUCUUAGGCUUUGUAACUUCCGAUUUCAGAAGAUUUCUUGGCUUUGUCAUGCAAGUACGGUAAAGUUUAGUCCUCUGAAGGAGUUCGGUCUGGUCAGGAAGCCAACGGCGACCAGCAGAGAGCGCUGGAGAAAGGCUAACGCACCGAUCGCGAGCCACGCUGGGGUUUUUUUUUUCUGUUUUUUGGGCAGUGAAUGUAGCUGACCGCACCGACAGGCAAAUAUGAGGGAAGCACGGUCGGAGAAACUGAACCAUACAACCACCACAAGGGAUUUAAAAACAAACAAAAAAAGAAACAAGACAUGCUGAAGUAGUAGUGUUGUCAAUAUUCAUUUUUAGAGAGAUUGAGAGAGUGGUCUAUAUGUACAGGUAGUUAACGGUCACGUUCAGACACAUUAAAUGCAUGCGUUAGCAGACACUCUCCUGCAAAGCAACAGAAGGGGCUGAGUUUGGAUAAUCGCGUCGUGAGACCUGCAGGUGGCAGAUCCACACUUUGGAAAACUGAGAUUGUUUUUGUUUUCUUUUUAAUGCUAAAAGUUGAGAGAUCAGCUGAAAUAAUGUAAAAAAAUAUUUGUUUUGUUUUUGUGUUUUUAAUGUGGUGUGUGGUCAAGCACUUUCUUUUCUUUUUUUUCCCCCCCCGAACGUUCUAAUUUUUAUUUUUUUUCCGUCCGUUCCAGUGUGCGUGUUUGAUUUACUGUUUUGUGUUCACCUUAUUUUGGUUUCAGUUUCUCGUUCUCUCUGGAUAGUGCCUUUCUCUCUGGUGUUUGUGUCUCUGAUCUGCUACCAUGAGCCCCCCCAUUGCCACCCCAAGCCCCACCACCACCACCUCUGCUCUGGAUCUGUAUUGAUAAUAAAUGUAAAUAAUCCAAGAUGUCCCAUCUGAUUUUAAAAAAGGAA